AUGGCCAACUUGACUUUGAAGGACAACCAGCAGAACCCAGAGGCACAGGAAGAAAAGACAAAGAGCAACCAGAAACCGAGCGCGCAGCCUACACCAGAAAAGUUCACACCCUAUGAUCUUGUGUCAGCACCGAACCUUUCUUCCGGCCUACCGCCUGAGAUCUGGACGAUCGUGCAAUCUGCGCCUGCCAGCUUUACGCCGCCAUACUUCCUCGAUGUCAGCCGCAAUCUUCUCGAGAAUCCCAAUCUGACAGCUUCCCACCUCGCUCGCGCAGAGCUGUCAUACACCAGCUUCAACGAUGCCUCUUUCAACCCCCAAGCCACGACGUCUCUGGAAUUGGCAGACAUCAUCAAGCACCUGCGCGCCGAACACCGCCCACGUCUCAUUGAAGGCGGAGUCGACGGCUACGAUCUGACAUGGUUGGUAGUGCGGAAGCUGAUCCCGCGGAACCCAAAGCUCGACAACACCAUGGUGCAGACCUGCCACCUAUACACCUCUACCGCCCCCGUCACAAUCCGCUCAGAUGGCAAAUCCGAGACAGUCGAUGCAGAGCGCUACCUCGUAAUCUACACCCCACAUAUCUCCAACCCUGAAGAAAUCCCUUACUACCAUCCCACCGUCCGCCGCCUCGCAAUCCUCUACACCUACCUGCCCUCGCUCCCCACCCUGCUCCCCUCCCCCGGCCACCUCAGCAUCUACUUCGAUCUCUUCGCCUCCCACCCACUGGACAACAGACUCUCGCGCACAGCGCUCAAACUGCUCGAAGUCAUACAUAAGCACUCGCGCGGCCGGGCCUCCGGGUACAAAAAGCGCGUUCACCACGAUGUCAUUAUUUCUCAAAAACCCUUUCAAGACACCUACGCGUACCUCAAGGGCAAGUACGCGAAGGCUCUGAUUGAGGGAUGGGUCGAGCAGACGCCGCCGGGGAAACAUGUCUUUGAGGAUUUGGGGAUUGCAGCAUUUUUGAUUGAGCUUUGGGUGGGGAUGUAUGGGGAGGGUGAGGGUGAGGAGAGAAGAGUGUCGGCGCAAAAGGCAUUUCCUGGCUUUGUCGAUAUUGGGUGUGGGAACGGACUGUUGGUGUAUAUUUUGAAUGAGGAAGGGUGGAGGGGUUGGGGUUUCGAUGCUCGACGACGGAAGACGUGGGAAACCUUCCCGGAAAAGUGCCAGGGGAAGCUGAAGGAGAUGCUGCUUAUCCCUGAAGUUUUGGAAGCCGCCACGACGGCGGAUGAUGGCCAGGAUUCGCCGUCUCCAGCAAGUCAUAAUGGUGUCUUCCCGACCGGAACAUUCAUCGUCUCGAACCACGCCGACGAACUUACACCCUGGACGCCACUCCUCGCUUCCCUCUCCUCAUCGCCUUUCAUCGCGAUCCCGUGCUGCAGCCACGACUUCGGAGGCACACGGUUCCGCGCACCAGCGGUCAAGAAGUACGUCCCUGACGAUGGACAGCCGAAGGGGAACAAGAAUGCGCAACCGAGUGCAUAUGCAAGUUUGUGCAGCUGGACGAGUGCGUUGACGGAGAGCAUGGGGUAUGUGGUUGAGAAGGAGCAUUUGAGGAUCCCAAGUACGAGGAAUAUUGCGGUGGUGGGGAGGAAGCUUGAGAAGGAGCAUGAUGGCAGGAGCUUGGAGGAGAGGCUGCAGUAUGCGAGAGAGGUGGUUGUGAAGGAGAUGAGUGGAGAUAUAAGCAUCGAGCAGGUCAGGAUGCAGUGGGUUGCGAGGGGGAGUGGGUUGAUGAAGCCUGGGAAGGGUGGACAUUGA